AUGAAAAGCAUUGCACAAUUAAAUGACAGCAUUAAGGCUUUGAGAAAAUUUAACUUCUGCGUACCACACAUCCUCUACAAGGUCUACACAGAGGUGACUGGGCUGCUCUUUAGUCAGAAAAGUGAUCAAAGAUACUUUGCCUUUCAGCUUGGGUGCUGGAAUCCUGUCACGGGUCUGAACGGGUCACUGACUGACAAGAAACUGGAGAAUAACAUGCGGGGCGUGGUUCUACGUGUGGUGACUGUACUGGAGGAGCCUUUUGUAAUGGUCUCUGAAAAUGUCUUGGGAAAACCGAAGAAAUACCAGGGCUUCUCCAUUGAUGUUUUGGAUGCCCUAUCUAACUACCUGGGUUUUAACUAUGAAAUUUAUGUUGCGCCCGACCACAAAUACGGAAGCCCACAGGAAGAUGGGACGUGGAAUGGAUUGGUAGGAGAACUUGUUUUUAAGAGAGCUGACAUCGGGAUUUCUGCUUUAACCAUUACUCCAGAUAGAGAGAAUGUUGUGGAUUUUACAACACGUUACAUGGACUACUCAGUGGGGGUCCUACUUCGAAGAGCAGAAAAAACAGUGGAUAUGUUUGCCUGUCUUGCACCAUUUGAUCUGUCUCUGUGGGCCUGCAUUGCUGGCACAGUUCUUCUUGUGGGACUACUGGUCUACCUCUUGAACUGGCUUAAUCCCCCACGAUUGCAAAUGGGAUCAAUGACAUCUACUACACUCUACAAUUCCAUGUGGUUUGUGUAUGGAUCCUUUGUUCAGCAAGGUGGGGAAGUCCCAUACACAACUCUGGCAACUCGAAUGAUGAUGGGGGCAUGGUGGUUAUUUGCUCUGAUUGUCAUCUCAUCAUACACAGCAAACCUUGCUGCUUUCCUCACCAUCACCCGCAUUGAGAGCUCCAUCCAGUCUCUUCAGGAUCUCUCUAAGCAAACAGAUAUCCCGUAUGGCACAGUCCUGGACUCUGCAGUCUAUCAGCAUGUCCGCAUGAAGGGCCUGAACCCUUUUGAGAGGGACAGCAUGUAUUCCCAGAUGUGGAGAAUGAUCAGCCGGAGCAAUGGGUCGGAGAACAACGUUCUGGAGUCCCAAGCAGGCAUUCAAAAGGUAAAGUACGGAAACUAUGCUUUUGUAUGGGAUGCAGCUGUAUUGGAAUACGUGGCUAUCAAUGACCCAGACUGCUCCUUCUACACUGUGGGGAAUACCGUUGCUGACCGGGGGUAUGGCAUCGCGCUGCAGCAUGGCAGCCCCUACCGAGAUGUGUUUUCACAAAGGAUCCUGGAGCUGCAGCAGAGUGGAGACAUGGACAUCCUGAAGCACAAGUGGUGGCCUAAGAAUGGCCAGUGUGACCUGUACUCCUCAGUAGAUGCGAAGCAGAAGGGAGGAGCCCUGGACAUCAAGAGCCUGGCGGGCGUAUUCUGCAUCCUGGCCGCAGGGAUCGUGCUCUCCUGCCUCAUAGCGGUGCUGGAGACGUGGUGGAGCAGGAGGAAGGGCUCACGGGUCCCAUCCAAAGAGGAUGACAAGGAAAUUGACCUGGAGCACCUCCAUAGACGUGUAAAUAGCUUGUGCACAGAUGACGACAGCCCCCAUAAACAGUUUUCCACCUCGUCAAUUGACUUGACCCCUCUGGACAUUGACACUUUGCCAACACGACAAGCCCUGGAGCAGAUCAGUGAUUUCAGAAACACUCACAUCACCACCACCACCUUCAUCCCAGAGCAGAUCCAGACUCUUAGCCGCACGCUCUCAGCGAAGGCUGCCUCUGGCUUCGCUUUCGGCAGUGUGCCGGAGCACCGAACUGGCCCUUUUAGGCACAGGGCUCCUAACGGGGGCUUUUUCAGGAGUCCUAUCAAAACAAUGUCAUCUAUUCCUUAUCAGCCUACUCCCACCCUGGGGCUCAAUCUGGGCAAUGACCCUGACCGAGGCACGUCCAUAUGAGCAGCAGACAGCUCCGCCUACCCUAGGACUCCCCCAAAGGAGCAACUGUAAUGUGGGACUAACAUGGAUGUGACAUUCUAUUUAAAAGGAAUCAGGAUAAUUAGUAACAAUUCUAGUUCUUUUUCCUCACACCCUACCCUGCUCUGUUGCUUUUCUUCUCUCUCUUUCUCCUUCUCUGUCUACCACCCUCCACUUUUUUUUUUCAUUACUCAACUUGUUCCCCACGAAUAUAGUAUUCUAGGAUCCUAAUUAGUCCGCUUCUCAUAUACUGUACUUCAAGACUAGGGCAUGAGCGCUGGGUCCCCGAGAGCAUUCGCAGGGUUGGCUCUGCAUACAGGGCUCCCACGUCCCAUUCCUCCGUUUGGAAACUACAAUUGCAAUAACUUCAGUCUUUCUCCAUCUCCAGCUGCAUCCAUCCUCCACUGUUGUCAAGCGUCCUUUAAUGGUGGACCAGAGGCAACCCCUGCAGUGUCUGGGAAAUGAUUUGAAGACCAUUCAGGCCACGCAAUACGAGAAUGCAGUUUAGUAGGAUUACCAAAAAAAAAGCCAUUUAUACGCCAGUCAAGACUACAGUCAAAAUCCCCCUUGCACUGCAGCAGGUGCACGCCCCCUUCAUGCGAUUGUACAGUAUUCACACUUUCUCUUAUGUACAGUAAACUUUACCUUAUGGCAAAGGCCUUUAUUGUGUUAAAUAACUUAGUAUCUCAUAUAUACAUAUAUAUGCACCUAUAUAAUGUGUAUAUAUAUAAAUGCAGCCAUUGCUAUUGCAAUUCAUUUAAUAAAAGCUUUAGUUUAAAAACCAAGCAUUGUGUACAGGAGCUAUGAGAGCGCAGGAGGCCUUUUCAGGCGGAAAGGCAGGUUGCUUUAAUGUCAUUCUGACCUGCGUUGUUUGCCAAGAGACUAUUUUAUAAUUUUGUUAUUAAAACAUCCAGGGUGAUUUCAUCUUUGUUCCUAGAUGUACUCAUUUGAAUAGGUUUUACAUUCAUUACCCUGCAGUGUAGAAAGCUAACCUUGAUAAUUUUACCUUUUGUUAAUUAUCUAAAUGGGACAUGCCAUUAGCUGAACCUUACACACAGCACACAGAGCAAAAUUUAACCAUAGAUCAUUGUAGGUUCAAAGUCCCCUUCCGAAACUGCGAGCCCAUCGGUGUAACUGUAGCUAGGGAGGAGGGGAAGCCCCGCAAGUGUCGAUGUGGCCUUAUUUGCUUCAUACAACACCCUACAGCAAACACGUAACAACCGUUCUGGGCUCUCAUCUGAACCCCUUUUCUACCCGCUUCUACCGGAGGUGUUCUGUUUCUUUUUAAAAAUCAGUGCCCAGUGUGUCAGCAGGGGCAACAAAAAAAAAAACCAGUUCCUCUUGGUGCACAAUCCUCUAAAAGUAGCAUUCUUAUCUGUUAGAAACAUAGACUGAGCUUCAUCUGUAAUCCUAAAACUCGACGUGGUAAGUAGGAAGCAGGGAUUUACCCUGUGAUUUCAGGCAGCCGUAUGCUUACUUUAAUCUCGUUCAUUCUGUGGCUAGGAUUGCUAGAGGAUCCAGCCUAUGUGAUUUGCUUUAGGAGCAGUUAAGAGGUAUAUCCUUAAAGUGUAUUCUAUUUUGAUCUAAUUCUGUUCUGGGGAGCAUCUUGUACUGUCACUGUUUUUGUACUAAAUCUUUAAAUAUUGUCUACUGUGUCAGGCAGAAAACUUUCUUAUCAUGAGGAAGCACUUUGUUUCCAGGGUGACGAGUCCCGCGGUGCAUGCACACCUUGUUCCCCCGUGACAUUCAUGUCCUCAUUUCCAACUCUAUUUUCAAAUGGAAAAAGUCUUUACAGCUAUAUAGGGGCACCCCAGAUGCUGCAGUGACUUCAGCUAUCAACAAACUGUUAACCAUGUACAAUACUGGAAAUAGGCUGAUUUUGAUGUAUUGCCUAUUCUACAAGUCCACAAAACAUUUUGGAGGCCUCAGUUACGAGUGGCAGAGCUUUCUGUGUAUAAUUUGUCUACAUAAUUUGUCUAAUAAAAACGUUUUCUAAACUU